AUGAGCAGCGCUACUGAUAAAAAAGUUGUGCCACAAGAGCUAUUGAACGCUGAUGCCAGUGUAGUUUACGAUGCAAUCAUCGUUGGUUGCGGUGUUGUCGGGCCAUGUAUCGCAACUGGUCUUGCAAGAAAGGGCAAGAAGGUUUUAAUUGUGGAAAGAGAUUGGACAAUGCCAGACCGUAUCGUUGGUGAAUUGAUGCAGCCAGGUGGUCUAAGAGCUUUAAGAAGUCUUGGUAUGAUUCAGGCUAUUAACAACAUUGAUGCAAUUCCAGUGACAGGGUAUUCUGUGUUCUACAAUGGUAAAGAAGUAUCCAUUCCAUAUCCAUUCAAGGCUGAUGUUGCGCCAGUUGAAAAAAUUCCAGAUCUAGUAUUCGACGGUAAUGACAAAGUUUUAGAAGAUAACACAAUUCAUAUCAAGGAAUUCGAAGAUGGCGAACGUGAGAGAGGUGUCGCAUUUACCCAUGGUAGAUUCUUGCAAAAUCUAAGAGACAUGGUUUCCAAAGAAAAGAACGUUACUCGUUUGCAAGGUAACGUCAUUGAAAUUCUAAAGAACAAAGAAAAUGAAGUUGUCGGUGCAAAGGUAGAUAUUCCAGGUCGUGGAAAGGAAGAAUUCAAGGCUUACUUGACCUUUGUUUGUGACGGUAUCUUCUCGCACUUCAGAAAAGAGCUUGCCGCAGAUCAUAUUCCAACUGUCGGUUCUUCAUUUGUGGGAAUGUCUUUGUUCAAUGCUGACGUUCCAGCUAAGAACCACGGUCAUGUCAUUCUUGGAACUAACCACAUGCCAGUUUUGGUUUAUCAAAUUUCGCCUGAAGAAACUAGAAUUCUCUGUGCGUACAACUCACCAAAGUUGCCCAAAGAUAUAAAACCCUGGUUAAAGAGUGACGUCAGACCAAAUCUACCAAAAUCUCUAUUACCAUCAUUCGACAAAGCGGUUGAGGAUGGUAAAUACAGAUCUAUGCCUAACUCUUACUUACCAGCUAAGCAAAACACUAUUACAGGUUUGUGUGUUAUUGGAGAUGCUUUGAAUAUGAGACAUCCUUUGACUGGUGGUGGUAUGGCUGUUGGCCUCAAUGAUGUAGCACUCCUCAUAAAAACAAUUGGAAAUUUGGACUUUUCUGACAGAGAAACCGUAUUGGAUGAAUUGCUAGAAUACCAUUAUGAGAGAAAAUCAUACGACAGUGUUAUUAAUGUGUUGUCUAUUGCCCUAUUCUCUUUGUUCGCUGCAGAAAACAAGAACUUACAAGUGCUACAAAGGGGUUGUUUCAAGUACUUCGAGAGAGGUGGUGAUUGUGUUAAUAUUCCUGUUAGUUUCCUAGCCGGUGUGAUGCCAAAACCAUUCUUGUUGACUAAGGUUUUCUUCGCGGUUGCACUAUACUCUAUUUAUGUCAACUUCCAAGAUAGAGGGAUUGUGGGUUUCCCACUUGCAGUUAUAGAGGCAAUUUCCAUCUUGAUAACGGCUGCCAGAGUAUUCACACCUUAUCUAUUCAGGGAAUUGACUGGUUGA